UUAAUAUGUAGUCUGUGGUCUGUCGCUUUCAGCUGAGUUUAGUUUACGUCGUUCAAGCUUGGUGCGUGCAAUGGUGGUGUUAUGAUAAAAAAAUCAUUAUUACUAAAAAUCAUUAUUGUGAUAUGCGUUAUGUCAUUGCCAAUACUAUCAAAAUAAGGAGUAUAAUAAAAUGAAACCAUUAUUUUUUCCGAUUUCUCUAAUUAUCAAAUGGAGAAAUGUAACGAUUAUCGCAUAAUAUCAGCGUUGUUUCUUUAAAAUUACUACGACCUUGAUUUUAGAUCAAAAAUACUUAUACACAUAAAUAGUCAUAGUUGAAAAGAACACAUUCAAGAUGCUUUAUGUUUUCCAUGUUGAUGCUGGUCAAAUGACCACUUAUGAUAUGAGCCUGACGCUGCAAAGUGUCAGUAGCUUGAAGGCAGCUAUUGAAAAAAAAACAAAAAUUCCUGCAUCAUCUCUUGUACUUCUUGUAAGCGGAGGAGAAGUUUUACAGUCAGAUCACAUGGUAUCAUCAUACAGUGCAGGAACAGAUACCAAUCCUAUAUACUUGUUUAGUAAGCCAGCAGUAAAGGAUAGUUAUAUACAUCAGUCAAUGUGUGACCUCAGUCCAAUAGUAGAAUUAAGUUCUGGUGAAUUUCGAAGUGAUAGCCGAAGUGCAUUUGAUGGUAAAUCAUUAGCAGAGUUGAAGAGUGCUGUUGAACGAUGUUGUGUGCUGCCAAGAACUUUGGACACUGUUAUGUCUUGUGCUAAUUUAGCAAUACAGUUCAGUAAUCUCGCUCAUGAUGUGUCUAGGAGUUGCGAUCAACUUGUACACGAGCAGCAUUUGCAGCAUCAGGGCUGGGCAGCAGUCGUGGCCAACUUAGAAGACAUAUAUUCGGAAUUUUGUGAGAGAUCAAAAAGCUUCAAAGAAGCUUUCAAAAAGUAUAGAUUAAAAAAGGAAGAGUAUCAUGAUUUAUUAAAUCGUCUAAAUGAUGUCCUUGAAGCGUUAGGGAAGAUACCUAUGCUUCCAGCGCUUCAAAUAAACGCCGAAGCAUACAGAUUUUCGGCAUUUGACGUGUUCGAAGAAACUGACUUCGAGGGUCAUCAUUAUGGUGUAAAUCAACCAUUGGGCAGCAGUUCAGAGGCUAGAACUGCAGAUUUCGGUACGGGAGUAUUCAAACUUUCUGAAGAAGAUGUGUUUGAGCUAAGGAACACGUCAAACAGCAAUGAAGGUGCUAAUUCUGAAUCAGGUCAAUUAAUGGAAGAGCUCGAUGAAGGUGUGAUGUUCAAGGCGCCGUCCGUAGACAGCAAAGAGGAGCCAACUUUACUGCACUGGAUUCUCGCGCAGGGUAACAAGGCCUCGCUUCAGGACAUACUCGACUACUGUCAGAAGGGUUUGGCAUUGAUUGACGCAGAGCCCCUUAAGGAACGUGAAGCCGAGCUGUACAGCAUAAUUUCAUAUGCCAAUAUGCACGGUUUGAAGCAGAUAAAGGGAAUCGAAGAUCGCUUGUACGGCCUCGAUCAAUUGUUGAGCGAGGUUAAGAAGAUUGAGCGAGAUCAACGCGACCAAGCGGCUUCUCUCAUUCAGUAUCGUGAUAGGCUCAAUACAGUUUGCGAUCCCUCUGUACUGCCUACGCUCGUAGAGUCGCACUGGCGUCAAUUGGAGAAACUUCUGAAAGGCCACCAAGACUUGGUGGAUAUUAGGCGCCGCAUAGCUAAAUCGAAAGACGAACUAUCGCACAUCUUAAAAGCCAGAUUAGAGGCGGUGCUGACCAUCGAGAACUCGAUGUCGGUGCAGGACGCGCACGCCAUGCUGUCGUACCAGUGCUUCCGGCGGCUGGCGCGCUACUUCGGCAUCGUGGCGCAGCUGCACCGCGCGCCCGCCGUGUUCGUGCGCGCCGUGCACGAGGCGGCGCGCCGCCGCGCCUUCAGCCUCGCGCACCUCCGGUGGGCGGAGGAACUGGCGGAAAAAUUGCGCGCGAUUCACGACGAGGAAGUCGAUCGUCGGCAAGAAUUUAACUCGCUCUUCGAGGAUCACUUCCUGCGGACCCUGUUCCCUGGCAUGACGGACCUCCCUCCUCCCUUCGCGACUCAGGCGCCGCCCGCUUUCGACGAGCGCCUGCCGAAACUCACAGCCGAGGAUGUCGAGUUCGUCGCUGACGCCUUCCCGGACUUGGAUGCCGACGUGCCGAAGUACGAUAUGGAUCGCGUGAUUAAAUUCUUCCAGCAGAGAUUGAUCACUUCUGAACAUGAGGAGAGAGAUGUAGACGUUCAAGUCGAUUUUGAAAAAGAUUUCGAAUCGGAAACCGACACAGAAUUCGAAAAACUCAGUCGGCAGAGUGGGCCAAAGCAAACGACGGACACAUCGACAACUUGCGUCCCGGACACGAUGGCUGUGUCCACCGUCACAGAGGAAAACAUGGAUACACAAAAACUGAACAUAGUAAAGUUGCAAGAGUUUUUAGCGAAACUGUUUAAUUUGUGUAAAAUAAACAUUAUGUUUAUUAAGGACGAGCUUCUUAAACUCAAGAAGGAUGUUGACGAGCAGACAAAGUUUGUUCAAAACAUUUAUAAAUCGAUCACUCGAGCUUGGGAGAGAAACCAGCAAGAAAUAGAUGUAAGAUUUCGUGAGCAUACUCAGAGGCUAACGGUGGAUCAUGAACUAGAACUGAGCGAUAUAAAAGCAGCUCUUAAUGAAAAAGAUAACAUUAUUAGUAACCUAAAGAAAGAAAUUGACGAUUUAAAAGGCGAACAUAAGAAUGAAAUAAUGAAAAUAGAGAGUGAACAUCAAAGUACUAAAGAUAUAUUGGAAAAAACUCGCGAAGAAGUAAAAAAACUUACGAGUACAUUAACUGAAUUCGAAGCUCGAAAACAAAAAGAUCUUAAGGAAAUGCAGGAAAAAAUGCAUCUGGAAUACAAAGCUGAAAUCGAGUCUUUAAGAUCUAGGUUCCGUCUUGUGGCUCUGACAAAUAACAUGGAUCGAUCACCCUCAGAGUCCAGUCUUGAGAAAAUCGAGCGUACAGAUGUGAUCGAGAUAAGCAAUCACAACGCUAUCAUCAUGCAAACAAAAGAAAAUGCUGAAGUCGAGAAGGAGAGAGCUAUACAAGAAACCAUAGAUAAGUGCAAAGCAGAGUUCGAACAAAAGCUAAAUGCAGAAAUCGCAGCAUUGAAAGCGAAGUACGAAACCGAUAAACAGGUGUCGGCGAACGAGGUGUCGCGCCGCCUGCUGUCGGAGAAGGACCGGCAGCUGGAGCUGCUGCGCGAGCGCGAGCAGCAGCUGGCGCGCGAGCUCGCCAAGUUCCGCGACUCGCUGCAGCAGCUCACCGACCCCGAGACCAACGACUACGACGCGCUGCUCAAGGCCCAGUUUGCGACGCUUGAAAAUGAAAAGGCCUCGCUGCAGCAACAAGUGACUGAACUGAAGAGAGAGUUGGAAAAGAAGAAUGAGGAAUCUGAGAAGAGUAGAGAAGACGAAAGUAGCGACGGCAGGUCGUCCCCGCGGCGGCGCGCGCGCUGCCACACGCCGCUGGGGCUGGCCGGCGGCUCGCUGUCGCUGUCCGCCUGCCUGCCCGGCCACACCGUGCUGCUGCUGUGGGACCCGCAGCACCUCAACUACACCGUGCUGCAGGAAUCACCGAUGAUGUACUUCGUUCACGGCGACAGUCUACCCGCUCUCGAUUUGAGCAUUCAUGUGAAAAAUGAAAGUGAACGUCGUCUGUACGCCAUCGGUAUAGUGGAAUCUAAAGAUUAUUGCUACGCGAAAAAGAAUGGGAAUCGUUACCACAUGGUUCGCGGCUCUCGGUUUUACCGCGUCCGAGUGAAGCCGCUGAAGCCGCACUUGCCGUACCCAGCCUGCUGCGACCCCAGACACAAGCAGGAUGCGGGCGGCGCGGCCGACGCGACGCGCGCGCUGCUGCCCGUGUUCAGCAACCGGCCGCUCAGGAAAUGGUUGACCUACGUGCAUGCCAAAGACACGCAGAAGUCGCUAGACACGAGUCAGUCGACGAGCUCGAACACGGAUGAAGCGAGUCGCGUCGAAGUGGCGACGGGCACCCUCAUCAACCUGGAGUCGCCGGUGUCCAGCGGUGACGCUCCCGCGCCGCCCGACGAGCUCGACUCUAUCCAGCUGGAGUCCAGCGCGCACUGGCACGCCUCUAGGAUGCAAGCCUCGACCUCGAGUAUAAUGUGAGUAUGUUAGCGGUAUUGUAACAAUCUCGCGUAUUAUUAUAGUUAAACAUAACUAUUAAAAUUGUAACGUGGCGGCCACUACUGAUAUAUUUUUGAAUUUUAUAUAAUACUAGCAGUCUCUGCGGCGGUCGUCGAAGUGAUUGAAUGUACUUCUAUGCCAAAUAUUGUAAUUUCCUAAAUAUUCGUUUUAUAUAUAAUACUAGCUUACUCGGCAAACGUUGUCUUGC